AUGCAGCGUUGGGCCUCGCACUCGUGGGAACAGCCCCUGCACGGUGGCCGUGCGGUGCUGCGCGGUGCCGAGCUCUCACGAGCGCGUUGGCAGAGUCUGCGUGCAAACCCGACCCCGCCAGGAUGCCUCGAGAAGUGGAAGACCAAGCUCAACCUGGUUGCCAUCAUGACUGGCAAGCUGGAUGGGCGCACCAUGUCAGGGGCCAAGAAGGCGCUCGGGAGAAUGAGGGCAUCUUCCAACGAGCAGGCGAACCUGGACGCUGCGCUGAUGGCGAAUCUCAUCAAGUUGGCGGAGUCUGCGGAGAAGUGCGCCCCUGAGUCCAUCAAGGUCACGCCGAUGAGCGAGCUCACGCCCCACAUCGACAAGAUGAUGCAGGAGUCCGUGGAGUGGCCCGACGUCGUGCAGACCGCCCUGGUGACGAAGAGGCUGCAAGCCGUCAUCGCCGAGAAGAACUGGAGCCUCGUGAUCAAGAUCUGCAAGCCGUGGGGCAUGGGCGACGAGAUGGCGUUCGACCCCAAGGCCCCUUGUGUGGCAGCGUGCGGAGAACAGAUGUGCCACAAAAUCCAGCUCUUCAACAAGGUCGUUUUCGAGAAAGUGUUCAUCCAAUUGAUCCGCCAGGGGCCCGACACCGUGUCCGAGGUGAUCAGCUUGGCGGCGCAUUGCCGAUAUGCCUUUGCUGACAUUGACCUCGUGGAGGCGGAGAACGCGGUUGCAGCGGCCUUGGAAGAGUGGAACACGAUCUGGGGCUGUCUCGUAGCUCUGGGCUCGGACGGCCUCCGCGGGCAGCAUUUGGACAGUGGCCUUAAAGACGACAUGCUGUUGCUGAGUUCGCACAUGGGCAAGACUUCGAGGACUGUGACUGCCUUGGUGGCUGCAGCAAUUGAGGCCACUGACUGCUGGAACUCCAGGCUGCAGGGGUACGUCCGCUGCGCCAAGGAUGUCAACAAGCUGGCGUCCCAGUACGACGACGUCGUCGCCGUCUUUGCCGCGCUGACCGAUGACCCGGCGGAGUUCGUUCCGCGGGUGCAGGAUGCAAUCGCCAGGCUCGGCGAGUUCAAGGAGAAGCUGCCGCCUGCUGCCACUGCCAAUCUGUUAGACACGGCGCUGGGAACCAUCCUGGGCAAGAGCAAGGUCUUCAUGGCCGCUUGUGCGACGCCCGACAAUGUGAGCGAGAAGUUCAUCCAGGAUUGGCAGGCAGUACUCUCCGAAGCAGUCAUCCUCUAUCCCAUGGCCGAGGAGUUGAACCAGACGAUGAUGUCCCUCGGUGCGAAGUUGCGGGACAUGGGACUCGCCGUCAAGCUGGCCGAGCUGACCAAGCAGAUGAAGGAGAUGGCCAAGUCGGCCGCCGCUGGCCAGGAGACGGCGUGGUUGCGAGAGUUUAAGCUGACUGAGUGCAACGCCAUGGUCAACGCCAUUCGCGAGCUCAACGUCCCCCGCGACCAUGCGAUUGCCAUCGCGGCGGUCGGCCUGGCCGACAAUGUCGCAGAGUACGUGGCGAUGGAGAUCGGGAAGACCAACUUCGACAAUGCCAAGCUCCGUGAACUUAUCAUUGCUGCAGAAGGGUUGACCACGCAGUGCGGCACGACCAUCGACGGCGUGCAAGCCAAGGUGUCGAUGAUCAACAAGACUAUCACGAUCGACGGUCUGCUGCAGGAGUUGGCGGCCCACGGCUCUUGCAUGGAUGACAGGGCGACGGCGAACAACUUCGACCUGGUUGUGUCACUGGACAGGUGCACGAAGCAGCUCCACGAGCUCAUCUCCGCCAGCGCCGAUGCAGACCACCCCGCCGCUGCGAGUAAGAUGCUUGACGACGCGACCAAGUUCCUGACUGAGCUGCACGGCGCCUACAUCAAGAAGAGCAAGGCUGCCCUCGAGGUCAAGCUGAAUGAAAUCAAGCCGCUGAACGGCGGCAUGGACAACGGGGAGUACUGGGUGGACGCGUUCAGAGGUGAGACCUGGGCUGAGUUCUCGGAGCACGCGUCCAAGACCGUGCUGAAGGCGGACCCCAAUGCGCUGGUCGAUGCGACGUCUGGAUUGCAGCAGGCGACCCUGGAUCUUUAUGAGAAGUAUUGCGACACUGCGAUGGUCGAGAAAGAGGCUGUCGUCGUGGACGACGCCAAGCAGCAGAUCUACGGAGCCCGCCGCAUCAAGUUCCAGGGCGUCCUGAUGUACCACUUCCGGAAUGAGAAGCAGGCCGCGGGCCUGCGCACCAAGGUGCAGGGCGAGAUCAGGGAGAUGGUGAAAGACGCCUUGGCCAUGAGGGUCAAGCUCUGA